GAAAGCUGAGAGGAGAGCUAGAGAUGGCUGCUGAAGUCAAUGGCUCUGUUAGGAGUAGCAAGCCUCCUCGUAGUUUGGAGCGAGGUUCCUCUGCCCCUGUUAUCCACAGAACAGCAACUACACCUACCUCUCCCCCACCGCCAUUCCCCCCACCGUCAGGACAUGAAUUCAAGAAGAAAACUUUCUACAAGCUCACUCACUGCCAGCACUGCACUGAAGUCCUUUGGGGGAUAAAGAACCAAGGCCAAAUGUGCACGGUGUGUAAUUUCGUGUGUCAUGAGAGAUGCUUGCCUUCGUUAACUGUUGACUGUACUCACUUACUGUCGGAGCAGAUAACAAAUCCUAUUGGUCACACUUGGAUUGGUCCUAAAUCAUCAGCUAAUAAGAGGAAAUGGUGUAAUGUUUGCAGAAAGAAAAUAACAGGAUCAGCAAUGUAUUGUAAAGUCUGUCGUAGAUAUGCUCAUAAAUAUUGUAUUGGCCAUGAACUGAAUAACUGUAAAGAGUGUUCCUCUACCUGCACCACUAAAACUGAUUUUGAUCAUCAUUGGAUAGAGGGUAACCUUACAUCCCAUGCAAAAUGUGAAAUGUGUACUAAGCCGUGUUUUACUGAUCUGUGCUUAACUGGGUUUCGUUGUGGAUGGUGUGGAAUAACAUUACAUUCAUCUUGUUUCAAUGCUUUCAUAAAAAGUGAUAAAUGCAAAAGUUGUGAUUUUCGUGAUCUUUCAUACAUGAUCCUACCACCAUACUGUGUAUCAAUGCCAAUAAGUCAAAAGACUCUACAACAAGAUGAAACUCUAGAAGAUGUAACUGAAUUAUUCAGUGAUGAAGAUGAAACCAAUGCUAAAAGUAGAGCAGUCAUUGUUAUUGAUGGUAGUCAGGUUAAUAAGAAAUGGAGAAAGGGGACACUGCACCCAAUACAUGUAGAUCAUAAAAUGACAGUCAAUGAAUUAUUGCGUAUUAGCCUCAGAAAGUGCAGUGUACCUCGUGCAAGUGAUGAAUAUUAUUUGACGCCUUCAUCAUCAAGAGAAGAAGCUGAUCCCAGUACAAUAUUGAGUGGUGAUGAUAUCAUUUAUAAUAUACCUCAAUCAUAUCCUGGCCCAUUGAAACUGUACAUCAGAAGAAGAGAUACAGCAGUACCUACUUGCACACUGAGGGUAUUCAAUAAUAGAUUAUCCUCAGGGGUACCUUUGGUUAACAUAACAAUUGAUGAAUCAUCUGUUGUGUUGGACAUAAUACAACAAGCAUUGACACGAUUUGAACUACAAGAGGAAGACCCUAGCGAUUACUGUCUUAAUGAGAUCAGUCAGUCAGGAGGAGUUAGUCAGCGUAUGUUACCUGAUGAUGAGAAACCAUGGAAACAAGUGCAGAAAUUAAGAAAGGUAUGAU